ACAGGAUUAGAAAUCGUUCCGUCGCCGUGUCUCCCUCCGCCCACCCACCCAAAGCACACCGAAAAAGCUCUCAGAUCUGGUUCUCCUCCACCAUCACUCCCGACUAUCCCGCUCCCUAUCUCCCUCCUCUUUCUCUGUAACAGCAAAAACCCAUUUGGAUCCGUUCUGCUUUUGGAGAUCUCUGUUAGGGCUUGGUUGGGGUGGAUUGGCGCCGUCCGAUCUCAGAUCUCCGGAAGGAAAUGUUCGAGUUGUAGAUCACUAAAUUCUGAAGGCACUGCACUGCUCGUAGCUUUUUUUUGUGGCGUUUAAAUAUGAUUGAUUAUGUGGAUUGAAUGUUGCGGUGAUAAGAUCUUUUGAGAGUUCCACUAGAACGUCCUCUGCUAGAUCUCCAUUUCCAAAAUGAUGAGGGGGAGAGAUGGAGGCCAGAAGAAACAUUUGGUCCCAUCAUUGUGUCUCAUUGUUCUCUUUCUAGGUUUUAUAGUUCUAUACUAUGGUUCUUUCUUUGGUCCUCGGGGGCAGCAUGCAAACUCUGCUUUAGAGUAUGGUAGUAGAAUCUCAAGAUCAAUUGGUUGGUCUAAUGGUGAUAAUGGAGAGGUAGGCAAAUCAGAAGAGUCCAUUUUCGGUCAGGAGGAUGGAGAGGACGGUCUCAUACCCAAAAGCUUUCCUGUCUGCGAUGAUCGACAUUCGGAGCUCAUUCCCUGCCUAGACAGAAAUCUUAUUUACCAGACAAGACUGAAGCUGGAUUUGUCUUUAAUGGAGCAUUAUGAGAGACACUGCCCACAGCCUGAGAGGCGGUACAAUUGCUUGAUUCCCCCGCCAGCUGGCUACAAGGUUCCGAUAAAGUGGCCAAAAAGCCGAGAUGAAGUUUGGCAAGUAAAUAUUCCUCACACACACCUUGCACAUGAAAAGUCUGAUCAGAACUGGAUGGUUGUUAAAGGGGACAAGAUUGUUUUUCCUGGAGGUGGCACCCAUUUCCAUUAUGGAGCUGAUAAAUAUAUUGCACAUCUUGCAAAUAUGCUUAACUUCACGAAUAACAAUCUAAACAAUGAGGGAAGGAUCCGGACUGUUUUUGAUGUUGGUUGCGGAGUUGCUAGCUUUGGAGGAUAUCUUUUAUCAUCUGAUAUCAUAGCAAUGUCUUUAGCACCUAAUGAUGUUCAUCAAAAUCAGAUUCAGUUUGCUCUAGAGAGGGGAAUUCCUGCUUACCUUGGUGUUUUAGGAACAAAGAGGCUCCCUUACCCAAGCAGAUCUUUUGAAUUUGCUCAUUGUUCCCGAUGUCGAAUUGAUUGGCUUCAAAGAGAUGGGAUCCUUCUCCUAGAGUUGGAUAGGUUGCUCAGACCCGGAGGCUAUUUCGCUUAUUCAUCCCCUGAAGCAUAUGCACAAGAUGAAGAGGAUCUCAAGAUAUGGAAGGAGAUGAGUGCACUAGUUGAGCGGAUGUGUUGGAAGAUAGCUGCCAAGAAGAACCAAACUGUGAUAUGGGUCAAACCUUUGACAAAUGAUUGUUAUUUGAAUAGAGAGCCAGGAACUCGGCCACCUCUGUGCAGAUCUGACAAUGAUCCAGAUGCAGUUUGGGGUGUCCCGAUGGAGGCUUGUAUUACUCCUUACUCUGAACAGAAUCAAAGAGACAGGGGUAGUGGGUUGGCUCCUUGGCCGUCUCGCUUAACUACCCCUCCUCCACGCCUUGCUGAUUUUGGUAUUUCAACGGACAUGUUUGAAAAGGACAUGGAAAUUUGGCGGCAAAGGGUUGAGAAUUAUUGGAGCCUUUUGAAUGCAAAGAUCCGGCCAAAUACACUGAGAAACUUGAUGGAUAUGAAGGCAAACAUGGGAUCAUUUGCUGCUGCUCUUAAAGAUGAGCCUGUUUGGGUUAUGAAUGUUGUACCAGAAGAUGGACCUAACUUGCUCAAGAUAAUUAAUGACAGAGGCCUAAUGGGCACUGUGCAUGACUGGUGCGAGGCGUUCUCGACAUACCCCCGAACUUUUGAUCUCCUUCAUGCUUGGACUGUCUUCUCUGACAUCGAGAAGAAAGGAUGCAGUGUGGAGGACUUGCUGAUUGAGAUGGACCGUAUUCUUAGGCCUACCGGUUUCAUAAUUGUUCGAGACAGGAAGCCAGUGGUGGAGUAUAUUAAGAAGCACUUGACAGCAUUGCACUGGGAAUCAGUGGCAACUGUGGAUGCUGAACCCAACUCUGAUUCAGAAGAUGGGGAGUCGAUAUUCGUGAUACAGAAGAAGAUGUGGCUCGUAGAUGAAAGUGCCAAGGAUGUUGCCUAACACGCCGAAAGAUUUCUGUUUGGAGAUAAGCUUAACAUGAGUCACCUUGGCGCACCGGGAUCAAAUUCUUUAAGGUUGAGUCACUUAAUGACCGACCCUUUUCUUGCUUUCACUGUUGCUAAGUUGUUUGUAGGUUAAAGCAGUUAAAAGUGCUGUUAAUUUAGCACGGUCUUGUUUGGUGGUUGGCUUGGCCAAAGACAGGUCCUUGUGGAGAAGAAGCUGCUUCGAACCUUCUUCUUCCUCGGGACCAAAUAAAAGAUUAUCUAUUAUGUUCGUUCACUCGAAUUUUACUAAUGUCACUGAAAGUUAAAAUUG